AUGACGCGCAGGAAGCGCACCCCUUCGCCGUCACCCUCCUCUCCUCAGAAACGCGUAGCAUUCGAAAUCCCCGCCUCGCUUCAGCAGUUCUCUACCAUCUCACGCUCACUAGCAACCAACAAGGAUCUCAACACGCCUGCGCCUUCAAGUUCGGGACAACACGUCACGCAUGCCGAGUCCCGGCCUCGACCGAGUCCUCAAGCGUUGUUACAACCCGCCGCGACGUUCUCUACGGGUCCUAAAAGUGGUGGGAAUGUAGCGCCGCAAAAACAGCCUUCUACGAAUGGGCAGACCUGGCAGGAACCUUUACAGAGAAACAAUCGCCCUCUGGCAUCCUCACGGCAAGGGGACGAGCCCGGGAGACACCCAAGCGUUGCGGGUGGCUUCCCGCAAUUCGCUCCUGCGCAAACCUCAGCUCUUGUCGCACCUACGUCCAUGAGCCUGCAAGUACAGAAGGAAGGUCUCCCAGCCGCCACUCCUUCUAUAGGCGAGGAGCCUGCUCUCAAACCGGGCGAAACACCCUCUUUGACCACCCACCCCAACCUGAUAGCAUCAUUGAUUGCCCAAAAGAGAGCAGAGAACGAGCAAAAGGGUAUGCGACAGAUCUGGGCUAGGAGGCAGGCAGAGUACCUAUCGUCGAAGUCCCCAUCAAGUCAGUUGGCGACUGAGUUGAGCACAGAGGCUGGCCGUAAUGAAGCGCCGAAUCCAGACUCUGGAGCCAUCUCUAACACUCUCCCUACCCGACCGAUGCAGCCCCGAGCUGCAUAUGCUCCGGCUCUCUCCCGCCUCGAGGUCCAGACGCCGGCCACCGAUUCUGUAUCUACACCUGCUACAGAGGCGUCGGCCAAGGACACAGAGACUCCAAAGCCACUGCUGGCGAGCGAGAACGAUUCCUUGUUUGGAUCUCCCUUCUCGUCGCCCAUGGCCGAAUUUUUAGAAAAGGCUACUGACAACGCUGGUUUGAAGGAAGGGGUUGAUCAAGGUAGUACAGCGAACACCAGAAUCUCUGCUGCUCCGACGUCUGUUGGACAAAAUCCGGAUGCAGCGAGACCGGCUGCGUCACAGCCCAGCGAGGCGCGGAACCCCUCUAGAGCUGUCACAAUCCCUCCGCUCUUCUCGGAUCAUCCGCAGCGUAGUCAGGUACCGCCGCAGAACCAAAUGUACCAUGGCGGCAUCGGGGCGAAUACAAGCAUGCCUCAGAAACAACUGGCUGCUAUGCAGAGACAGCAUCAACCGAAUCCGUCCGUUCCUGCCACGCAGCCUGGACCACGUCGAGGCUCUUUCAUGCCUACGUCUUCGGUGGCUUCACAUACGACUCCAACGCCGCAGAGGCAUCCUUACUUCCAGCAGACUCCUUCUCCCGGAGGGUAUUAUAAGGUCGACUUUCGAAACUCUUCCGGUGCAACUCCGAAUUCAGGCCCGAACGCUACAACCUUUUCUCCUCUGAUGUACGCAAAGUCUCCUGGCCAGGCAGAUCCGGGAUACCCGAGUUAUUCCAUAGGGAUGCUGCCGAUGUAUCCCGUGGCACAGCCACUGCAGGGCCAGAUCCCAGCGUACGGCGUUGAUCCCGCUCACGCUACGGCUACUCCCGCGGUCGUCGUGUCAGGCCCGCACCAAUUGAAACGGCAUUCGUUCAAUCCAAAUUCCCUCACUCCUGCAGAUAUGGUUGCGGGCAUCAACACGAGGUUUAAGAUCUCGACCAAGGAUGACUUUGUGGUGCCAAAGCGAUGA